UUAUAUAUUUAGUGUUAUCAAGUUGUUGUAUUAUAUUUAUGCUUGCCUUAAAAAAUUGAGAAUUUUUUGGGUAUUUUUCUAUGGUCUAGAAACUUUAAAUAAUGUUGGAAUUGUGUGCUCUUUAAAGGUUACAAUAUAGUUCUUCUCUGAUAAAAAGAAGACAUUUUUUAUGUUCAGAAAUUUAUUUAACACAGGACAAAACCCACAGUUACCUCGUAUAUAUAGCUCUUCUGAAGGUUCAGCAUGCUUAAUGAAGACAUGUUUAAAUAAAUAUUUCUUAGGGAAAAAGACCACACGUAUCGAAGCACAGAGCUAUCUCUUGUAUUCAUCAGACUCACUGCAGGUCAGAAGAUCAAAGCUUCUGCUGUCAUAAUUUCAUUUAACCUCUCCAAAAUGUAGUCAGCUGUCCCAUGUGUCAGUACAAUUGUAUUUGAAGAGUGAGAAUGACACAGAUUAUUGGCCUGACAAGGCUAACCUGCUAAACAAAGGUGUAUCACAUUACUUGAUGACUUGGAAAGAUAGUGUGAACGCAUUGUUUCUUUUGUCCUUUUGAGAGUGCGUUAGGGAGGUGUGAAACUGAUAAAUGAGAAGUAUCCACGCAUGGGAAGAAGGAAUUUAAGUGUGUUUCCACAUAUUAUGUACUCAACUGUCCUUUCUAGCAUUAUCUUUUUAAUUUUCUAAACCUAUUUUACAGAUAUGAAAAUUGAGGCCAAGAGUAUUUAAGGGGAAACAUAAUUAGCCCCAAUACAUGUGUACAUUUAAGGGAGAAGAUCCCAUGGAGUUACAGUGGGACACAGGCCAGACCUCAUUAAAGCAUAAAGUGUUGCAUUUAGAUCAGAUAGUUCUCUUCUUGGUAGAAGAACUUGAGCAUCUAAGCUAACGGUCUUCAAGUCAGAGUUUGUGGAUCCAAAGAAGACCCUGUUGGGCCAGUAUUGGAAAAUAAUGAGCAAUGAGCAGGAAAUGAGGUUUAUCCACUAUUGAAGAGGCAGAAUUGUGGAGGCCGGUGAGGUCAAAAUCAGGAAUUUCUGGGAAACACUGGGUGUUGAGCAGGAGGCUUUAAGUAGCAGGGCUGAAUAAGGUAAUGGGAAUAGCUCUGAGGACGGCAAACGUUCAGGUAGGUGAGCUCAUUCUUUUGAAAGACAUUCAUACUCAAAGGGUAAGACUUUCUCUAUCUCUUUAAAAGCAUAUACAUAAACAUACAUAUAUUGUCUUAUUAUUUGCAUGUGUAUGUUUGUAAAUUUGUUAUUAUAAUUAUAUUUAGUUACUAGAAUGCUAGUUUACUAUUUUGAACAAAGAAAUACCACACAGGACACGAUGACAUGGUUAAGAGCUCAUUGUUGUUGAAUGAUGUAAGAAAUUAAAUCACAAAUAGAAGCUAUUCUUUUGAAUCACUAUAAAAGUUGACUGUCACUGUGAAUAGAAUUACAAACUCCACAUGAUAAAUGCAUUCAUUCCAUGUACCUAGACCUACAUGGGAUCCAAAUCAUAAUCAAAAAAGUAUGUGAUGAGUUGGAUGAGUCAAUAGAGCUGGUCAUGACAGACAUACUCCAGUGGGGACCACUGGGUUCGAAGACACGCUGUGGCUUGCUAAGGUACAGGACCUCAUUUUAAAGAGACAGUCCAAUUCGGGACUUAACAGAUUCCCCCAAAUCUUGUCCGGCAGCAUUUUUAAGAGUGUGGAGAAGGAAUAGUUUAGCAAAUGGAUACUCAUUUGUUUUGUUUUCUCCUCACCAUUGCAUCUGUAACACUCUCUCAUUAAUCACUGCUAGGAGUGAUCAGCUAGAUGUUUGCCUGUUUGUUUGGGGAAGCAGGUUUACCUGCCAAAAUGACCCCUUUUAUUUAGUUAGAGGACACAAAGUGUCUGAUCCUUAGUGCUGCACCCAGUGCCCUAGGAGGACAUGCUCUGUGUUCCUGAGGAGAGCACCUGGUCCAUGCUCUCACCCAGCUUCCGCGGAGCAUCUCCAUGCCCACGUGCACAGGUUGGUGAACAAUCCAUGUAUACAAAGUGAUGGCUCCAUCUCCCCUGAAGAAUGAAAAAUAUGCCAGGAGGUAUCCAAAGAAAAUAUAAUCACCAGAAGAAGUAAACAGGGCUAGGGUAUAGAUUUGAUUGAGAAUCAUCUGCACCAGUGUGUUCCGGAAUUUUUAAAGGAAAUGUCCAUAAUAAUCUCUAGUAAACUCCCUGGAGCUUUCCAUAUAUGAAAUGAUCUUUCUCUCCUGCCUCUCCUCUCUCACAUUCUCCUCGCCCUUUUGUACUUCUCUCCUUAUGUAAUGUCUCUUUGCCUCUAAUUUAAUCCAGCUUGGUGUUUGUCUCCUUGAGGAAGCUAAUAGAAGUAAGAGCUAGCAUUCUUGGAGUGCCUGCAGUGUGCCAGGGGCAUUGCCAGAUGCCUUCCCAAAGUCUCUCCUCCUCACCCCAGCACUGCCUGGUGGGUGUUCUUCACAGAUGUCUGGUGGGGGACUGGAGGCUUAAAACAGGUGAUGUGGUUCCACCCUGACCCGCUCCCAAACCUGUGUUCUCUCCAGAUCAUGUCCCCUCCUGUACCUGUUCAAGAACUUGGGGCCAAUGAUGAUUUCCAUGUUUGUGUGCUGGAGAGGCAAAUAUUUGACUUCCUUGGAUACCAGUGGGCACCUAUCCUGGCAAAUUUUGUACAUAUUAUUAUCGUCAUUCUUGGUUUAUUUGGAACUAUUCAAUACAGACCUCGUUACAUAACAGGAUAUGCUGUCUGGCUGGUCCUCUGGGUUACAUGGAACGUGUUUGUUAUCUGCUUCUAUUUGGAGGCUGGGGACCUCUCAAAGGAAACAGACCUAAUCCUGACUUUUAAUAUUUCAAUGCACCGAUCUUGGUGGAUGGAGAAUGGACCAGGAUGUACGGUGACAUCAGUGACACCUGCCCCCGACUGGGCCCCAGAAGACCAUCGCUACAUCACGGUGUCAGGGUGUUUUCUGGAGUACCAGUACAUAGAAGUGGCUCACAGUUCCCUCCAGAUUGUCCUCGCACAGUCAACUGACUAUUACUUUUCUGGAAAACGGUUUGAUAGCCAACUUCAUUCAGCACAGCUGGCAGGGUUCAUCUACGCCUGUUAUGUUGUGAAAUGUAUAACUGAAGAAGAGGACAGCUUUGAUUUCAUAGGUGGCUUUGACUCUUAUGGCUAUCAGGGGCCUCAGAAGACAUCUCAUUUACAACUACAGCCUAUGUACAUGUCGAAAUAAUACAAAUGGCUUCCGUAUAUCAGCUCCUGGACCUUUCAAAGAACUUGUUUCGCAGUGGCCUCCUGCAUUUUUUUGAAGCGCAAGAAGCAACUGAGUUUAAAUAUAUACAUAUUAACAAAACAAAACAUAAAGCCUCCACAUACACUAGGACACACACACAUACACAUGCACACACACGCACACACACACCCAGGCCGGCACACAUCAAUUCUACUUGGCCUCCUCUUUCUAACUGAAACAGACAAAUAUGCAGGACACGCCCAUGGUGGAUUUCGUGAAAGCAGGCUGCUUUCUCCCAGGCCUUUGGAAAGUUCAUAAGGAGACGUGUUGGUGCCCUCUGCUGGCCGUCACUCACUCCUCAGCAGCCCAGCCAGUCGGCCUCUGCCAGCUGCAAAUUCAUCCGGGGCACGUUAGUUUGAGAGCCCUGUCUUCUGCACUCCAUAAGUCUCAACAGCACCACAGCUAUGUAGGCAAUGUAAUUGCAAAAACAAACAAACAAAACAUGCCAUGACGACCUUGUAUUCCAAAUGGCAGAUUGUUUGCCCUAAAGGCUGUACCGUCCAUACUUGCCUUAACCCACCUAAGUUGUGCGCCUGAGAAUCUCAGUGCAGACAUCCCCCAGUCACUUCCUUUAGGCUAACACACUGCUGUUAAUUCCGAAUGAGUUCAAGUCUGUGUGUCUCACGUCAAGAAACAAGACUGCAUAGCUCAGCAGCUCCAGUGUGUCUGUGUAUGAAAACUGCCAGCUGUCAGCCAAGUGCUUUUACCAUUGAGCCUCCAUGGUGGCCAAAAAGAGACAAGUGACAAUAACAACAACAGUAAUAAUCUUCAUCUUUAUAAUUCUUCCAUAAGGUCUUCUUGAAGGGGUUGGGUGGGACAACGUAAAACAUAUUAAUCUACUAAACUCAUUAAUCUACUGGAAGCAGAGAGCAGAAAUGUCUUGACUCACUGAUUUUAUUUAUUGCACUCUAGGUGCUUUUAUAAGUAUCUACAAAUGUCUUUUAUUAACACAGAAACAGCUGUGGAUUUCUAUCAACAGAGGCCAACUGAUUAUGUAUUAGCUAUGUUUACUCUUUUAUAUCUAAUUCAAAUCAAAGACCCUAUGUAGGUGAACUUUUUUUCCUAACUUCAGCGUACGAGAUUAUUUUUGG